AUGGCCGGCCCAGAAGAUAACCAGACGGAAGGUGUUGAAGUCGAAGAGGAAAACAAGGCAUUGAAGACGAAAAAGCAUGACUCGGGGGCAGCGGAUUUGGAGAAGGUUACAGAUUAUGUCGAAGAGACAGAAAUAUCCGCCCAAAGUAUCGGAGAUGCAAUGAAGGCUGUGAGUGACAGAAAAGCAAAGGAACGUGCAGAAAGACAAGAACGAGAAAGAGAGCUAGCAAAGGUGAAAAUAAACAAGGAGGAUGUAGACAUUAUAGUUAAUGAAAUGGAGAUAUCUGCAGCUCAGGCCGAGAGGAAACUCCGAGAAUUCAAGGGUGAUCUAGUGUCAGCAUUAGUAGAACUCACUAACUGACCACAGUAAAAACUUUGUUUAUACAAGUAUUACUAUAGAGAGGAAAAGAGUGAAAGCAUUGGAUUUGAUUUACUGGAUCAGCAAGGAUAUGAAAGGUGUUACCCUUACAGCAGAAAAUAUGACACUACACUAACCAGGAAUAUGCCUGCAGGGGAAAAGAGAAUAUUUCUGGUGUGAUGGAAUGUCAUGAAGUUUGACUCAGAUAUCUGCUCUCAGCUCUUAAAUCUGUGAAGUUACGGUAGAUGAGGAAACAUGUUCAGAGAUUUUACACAGAGUCAGUUAUUAUUAAAAACUCACAGGACUUUAUGUUUAGUCAGCAGAUGAAGAUCCAGUAUGAAGGAGAUUCUUCUGUAAAUCAAUAGUGAUAAUUGAAUAUUGAUUACAAACAUUUUCUUGAUCUGUAACCUCAAGGUACAUAAUCUUUUGCCUACAUGUGGCCUCUCGGAGAAUAUCACACUGAGCUUGUUCAAAAUUAAUCUGUUAUUAGCUUAACAAUUUAUCCACUUAAUAUUUCAUCAAGAUUAUAUCGUUUUUAAUAAAGACAAAAUUCUUGAAUUACAUGUAUAUAUAACAAUGUACAUGAAUAUUAUCAUUUAUUAAAAAAAAAAUAAAAAAAGUAAUUGAAAAAGUAA